UUUGGUUAGGUCUGACUAGGUUGCUUUCCUGGGACUCGGUGGAAUCAGUUUGUUUUGUGAACAGGACUAGUUGGCUUAGAAGGCUUUUCUCUAAGUUAACCUCUCUGUAUAGCAACGCGGUGGUCGCGAAGUGUCAAAUUUAAUCAACAAGUCUGCAUUUUUCUGUCACACUCGAACCUCAUUGGUGGGACUCCUCGUGAGGCGCUGUGGCUAGUUGGCUCGGAUCAUCAUUCUCCGUUGCUUGGGCAUUACACUUAAGUAUUCUCACAUGUAAAAAGUCGUUCAGGGGUUGAGCGUGUAGAGGUGGUAUGGCUUGAACUUAGAGUGGGAUUUUUGUCGCUCACCUGCUUAAUGUAUUAGGGGGUUGUUCAUCCCUUUCACUUCUUCUGUCUUCGUUGAUUAGAGGAAGUAAAGAAAAAGGUCCCUGGAUGCCCAACAGCGCUCCAUCCUCGCCCGUGUACGCACUGUGCCUCCGGAUGGCCGGCAGCUGACCCCACCUCCCAGGAUGACGGUAAGAGAGCGGCUGCGGGAGAAGAUCUCUGCAGCGUUCUAUCGCCACGGGCUGCUGUGCGCCUCCUACCCGGUGCCCAUCAUCCUCUUCACCUCCGCAAGCAUCCUCACCUGCUGUUACCCUCUGCUGCGGCUGCCUCUUCCAGGGACAGGGCCUGUGGAGUUCACCACAAGCAUCCGAGAUUACACCGUCCCUUCCCAUGAGCCCCAGGGAGACCUUGGCGAGCAGCCUGACUGGUAUCGGGGCCCUCCAGUGGCCUACAUCCAGCAGGUCUUGGUGAAGGCUGCUGUUUCUCCCUGGGACAGUACCCUGGUACCUGUGGAUGUGUUCCGCUCUCCGCUGGGUCGUAUCUUCACCCUGCUGGAGGAGAUCCGCAACCAUGUACACAAUGAUGGUUCCGGGGUCCGGAGCUUGGAAGCACUGUGCCUGCAUGUGACAGACCUGUUACCGGGAUUGCGGCGUAUGCAAGCUAUUUUGCCAGAGCACGGUUGUUUGCUGGUCUCCCCUGGAAACUACUGGAAGAACCAGCGGGAGCUCUUUGACUCUGACCCAGACCUGCUAAAGACUGUCCACCAGCACGAACCCAAGGGACUGCACACCUCUGCCACAUUGAGAGACCUGCUAUUUGGCAUCCCAGGGAUACACACAGGGGUGAGUCUGUACAGUAAGAAGAGGGUGGUGACCUACACAAUCACCAUGGCCCUAGGCAGCUAUGACGCCAGCUUCCUGUCCAGCCUGCGGGCACGUCUCCACCAGCUGCACCCCUCGGCGAACUGCAGCCUGCACGAUGACCACAUGGUGCACGUGCACUUCAAGGAGGAGAUUGGCAUUGCUGAACUCAUCCCACUUGUCACCACCUACAUCAUAUUGUUCGCCUACAUCUACUUCUCUACACGUAAGAUUGACAUGGUGAAGUCCAAAUGGGGAUUGGCGCUGGCUGCUGUGGUGACUGUGCUCAGCUCUCUGCUCAUGUCUGUGGGGCUCUGCACCCUGUUCGGCCUGACACCCACGCUCAAUGGAGGGGAGAUCUUCCCUUACCUGGUGGUGGUGAUAGGGCUAGAGAACGUGCUGGUCCUCACGAAGUCUGUGGUGUCCACCCCUGUUGACCUGGAGGUCAAACUACGCAUAGCUCAGGGCCUUAGUAAUGAGAGCUGGUCUAUCAUGAAGAACAUGGCCACAGAGCUGUGCAUCAUCCUAAUAGGAUACUUCACCCUGGUGCCUGCUAUCCAGGAGUUCUGUCUGUUUGCUGUGGUGGGCUUGGUGUCCGACUUCUUCCUUCAGAUGUUUUUCUUCACCACAGUCCUUUCUAUUGACAUCCGGCGCAUGGAGUUGGCCGAUCUGAACCGCCGUCUUCCGGCAGAGGCGGGGAUGCUCCCUCCCAAACCGGGCCCCCUUCGUCCCCGGGAGGUGCCCCCUCCCCCGCGGCCCUCCCCUCACACGAUAACCCUUCAGACGCCAGCCUUCAGGAACCUGCGCCUGCCCAAGCGUCUCCGCGUGGUCUACUUCCUGGCACGCACCCGCCUGGCUCAGCGCGUCAUCAUGGCAGGGACGGUGAUCUGGAUUGGUAUCCUGGUUUACACCGAUCCGGCUGGCCUCCGCACCUACCUGGCUGCCCAGGUGUCUGAACAAAGCCCCCUGGGGGAGGGAGGGGCUGGGGCUUUGCCCCCCCACCUGGGAGUGGCCCCUGUUUUCCCCGUGCAAGGAGGGGACCCCAGCAGCACCCUCAGUGUACUCCCUGCCCCGGCUGAGCCCACCCUCCUCCCAGAGAACCAGUCCCGGGGCCACAGCGGGUCUGCACUCCCCAGGGCUGAACUCCCCCGUCAGGCCCAACCCCCUCCUGGGCCCCAGAUCAGCUGGGGAGCGGAAGACGAGGAGGGCUGGCGGAGGCUGUCCUUCCGCCACUGGCCCUCGCUCUUCAGCUACUAUAACAUUACACUGGCCAAGAGAUACAUCAGCAUUCUGCCAGUCAUCCCGGUCACGCUGUACCUGAGCCCCCAGGAGGCCAUGGACACCCGUCACCCACAGGACACGCGCCAUCCCCCGCCACCCAGGCUCCACAUCUCCGACCCGCCAGCAGACCUGACACUCUACAAGGUAGCUGCUCUGGGCCUGGCUGCCGGGGUUCUGCUGGUGCUGCUGCUUCUCUGUCUGUACCGGGUCCUCUGUCCCCGCAACUACGGCCAGAACGGUGUGGCUCACGGUCGCAGGCGCCGUGGAGAUCUGCCAUGCGACGAGUACGGCUACUCGCCGCCGGUCAGUGAGAUCUCGCCUCUGCUGCUGCGCGGACACAGCAUGGACAUCGAGUGCCUGGCCAGUGACGGCAUGCUGUUGGCCAGUUGUUGUCUGGCGGGGCAGAUCCGUGUGUGGGAUGCUCAGACUGGAGAAUGCCUCACCGUCAUCCCUACACCGGGGCUGCGGCGAAAUAGUAGCAGUGGCUGCUGGGAGCAACGGGAUGGUUGGGAUACGGCGGCUGCGGUCGACCCUGAAAACGGAAAUGGUGGGACCGAACCCGCCGGGGGUGGGGUUUUCGAGGAGGACGAGGGCUACCCUCUAAGGCAGCGGACUGCCCCACGUCUGGCACUUUUUGGGGACCAACCCGACCUUACCCCGCUCAUUGACACCAACUUCGCCUCCCAGCCACCCUCCCACCUCCUCCUCACCCCGCCCAGGGAUGCCUUUGACUUUGGGGGCCUAGUGGAGGGGGCCUAUCAGAAUCAUGAGCCUCCCUCGCCGAGUGUUACUUCACCCUAUCCCACCCCCUCCCCCCCGUCAGGACCCCCUCCACAGAGGAGGCGCAGCCUGGGGGACAUCCUGCCACCUGGUCCCCAGGAGAGGCGUUUUGUGGGUCAGGGAACCCCGGACUGGGAGAGCGCUGUGUGGGCCAUGGAGCUCCAGGGGAAUCUUAUAGCUGCCGGUAGGAGCAGUGGAAAACUGGAGCUGUGGGAUGCUGUGGAGGGCUCAUUACGCUGCAGUAAUGAAGACGGCAUCUCCGGGAUCACAGCCCUGGCGUUCCUCAACAACAGGAUUGUUGCGGCCAGACUCAACGGCUCUCUAGACUUCUUCACUGUCGAUAUCAACAAGCCUCUGGGCAUAUUGCAGUACAGAGGUCCCACCGGGCGAAGUAACAUGCCGCCCUCGCCGUGCUACAGCAGUGAGGAUGUGAUCUCGUGCCAGCUGACGCGGUCGGUGCAGUGUGCCCACCAGAAGCCCAUCACAGUGCUGCGUGCCGCUGCGGGCCGUGUUGUUACCGGCAGCCAGGACCACACCGUCAGGGUGUAUCGUCUGGAGGACUCGUGCUGUCUCUUCACCCUUCAAGGCCACUCUGGGGGAAUCACUGCCAUCUACAUUGACCAGACCAUGGUUCUGGCCAGUGGGGGGCAGGAUGGAGCCAUUUGUCUGUGGGACGUGCUCACAGGCAACCGAGUGAGUCAUGUGUAUGGUCACCGCGGCGACGUCACCUCGCUGGUUUGCACCACGUCGUGCGUGAUAAGCAGCGGCCUGGACGACCUCAUCUGCAUUUGGGACCGCAGCACAGGCAUCAAGAUCUACUGCAUACAGCAGGAGGUGGGCUGUGGGGCCAGUCUGGGUGUGAUUUCUGAGUCUCUGCUGGUGACCGGAGGACAGGGCUGUGUCUCCUUCUGGGACUUGAACUUUGGGGACCUCCUCCAGACAGUCUACCUGGGCCAGAGCAGCGAUGGCCAAGGAGUCCGCCAGCUCCUGGUGCUGGACAACGCUGCUAUCGUCUGUGACUUUGGCUCUGAGCUCAGCCUGGUCCAUGUGCCCUCAGUGCUGGAGAAGCUGGACUGAGCCGGAGCAGACACAGGAAAGAUGGCACACUGCUGCCUGGUAGACUGUGGAUGAUUAGCCCCUUUUUGCUACACUAUAUACUGCAGUUGGACAAUCGUUUUGAAGUGACUGGGUUAUUUAGAUUGUUAGCACCUCCCCUGAUUGGGUGAGAAUUUCUAUAGCAAUAAAAAAGAAGCUAAUGUCUGGUUGGAGAGAGGCUGACGGAUGUGGGCAACCUGUCUGUAUCCAAGCAUUUGAUGGUGUUGGGUACACGUCCCAAGAGUUUUCUAGCUGACGAUCAGACACCUGGUUCUGUUUUUGUUUUUUGGACAACUUUUCUGUCCAUGCCCUCUAUGCUGCUGCAUUGGCUGAGUUCUUUGAUACCCCGCCCACCCCACCACACCAGCCAAUCAUUGGAGAGCAGCUGUGGCAGGCUCGUGCCAUCAGGUGUAAGAGCCAGCCGCAUCAGUUAUGUGUCUGUCCUGGGAAAGAAACAGUCCCUUUUUAUAGUGAAACACUGCUUACAAAAAUGUGUUAAGAGAGAAUUGGAUACAAUUACUGUAAUACCAAACGCCUCCAUAGGGUGUGGUUUUCAUGUUUGAAUCUAUUAUUUAUUAGUGAUGUUUUUAAUAACAAUUGGCUCUUACAUAAUACUGUGGAGAUGAUGUCAUAAAUGUGUGUUUUUAUUUUUAUCAAUGAUUAUAAUAUUUUUAAUAUGACUAUUUUGGAAGUGACUUUCUUGGGGUGGGGUGACGAGACAUUCCUUUCUCAGCUUCAAGCUCUGAUUUUAGGGCACUUGCUGCAAAAGCACCCCUUUGGUCCAUAUGAGCCUCUUUAGUAACAAGAGGCUUCCUCUACAUUCAAUACUUUCUCCUUUCAUUUUGGAUUUGUAUUGGCUAGCUGCAUUGGCACACAUUGCUAGUUUACAAUGGCUUCCCUGUUCCUAUGUUUAACUGUGCACAGUGGUACAUUGUGAACUUUGAUGUUAAGCUACCAUUGUAAAUCCUGCCCUAGGUCUUGCAAUACGACGAGGGAUUUUGGAUUGUACCUACUGUCUACUAAUUACCCUGUCUACUAAGGACCUUUCCUCAAGCUCAAAUUAUCUAAUUGAAUGUAGCGCAACACUGCAGACACAGACAAUGUGGUUGUAUUGACCUCGGUCUACUUUGUUACUUAUGCUCACACUCAAGUGCACUAGCUGAAUGUAAUGUAGAGCUGUAAUGCUUCAUCUGGAAAAGCAAGUCAAGAUUUCACAUACAGAUGUACUACAGACAUUUAACACUAACUUGUGCACUAAUGCUUAACUGCACUUGCUCAGUACAAAGACAUUCAGAUGUCCAUUCAUACUGAAAAUCACCAUGAAAAUGUAGAAAUGCUCACAUCAGACGUGUGAAUGCAGGGCUGGACAGCUCGUCCUCAAGGGUAACAGUGUAGUGGGUUAUCAGUGACCUUAAUUGAAGAGAAACGAAAAGACACACUGCUUCCCUUACGGAUGUCAUUUGUUCAUCUGUGCACUAUUGUGUAACAGUUCUAAUUUAUUUAGCUUUGUUUUUAUGUAAAUAAUAGGUUCAAAAAGCUUUAGAGGAUGUGUAGAGAUUAACCUUUUUUAGAUUUUGGGGGUAGCAAAUCUUUUGAAUUCAGAUCUUGUAAGGAAUAUUGUGUAGGAUAUCAGAAGUGGAAUAUUCCACAAUGUACCAAUCAAGCUGCAUAGUACUGCCACCAAUAUGGUUGUUUUCCAAGUCCUUCCAUAUAAUUUAAACAGAUGUGGCCUAUGAAUUAAAUGCCAGUACUCAGCUGGCGUGAGCGCUAUGCCUCAUGAAGUGGAAGGUUUCUGGAAAUGAACUGGAGAUUUUCUUUUUUUACAGAAAUCCAGUCCCAAGGAGGUUGAAUGGAUGUGUUUAAUAGAAUUUGAACAUGCCCAUGUCCCCUUGAUUUGUUUUUUUAUUCUGGUCCUACCAAAUGGUUGAAUGGGGUGGUAAAGGGUAGGGACAAAUGGUUGUGAAAUAUUGUUUUUCUGAAAGUAUAAGGCUAGUGCCCCCUUCAGAAGAUAAACAUUGUCAACAGUUGCAGAUGGAACCAUUGUUCUACAUGGUGUUCUACUAAUGGCAAUUCUGAAUGGUUCUAUUGGAACAUACUGACACCUCUAAGGUUGGCUACAGCACGCACGAGGUGUUGUGGGAGUAGCUAAAAAUGUUCAGAACUAUUUUACUAUUUCUAACACCGGAGCAAAACUUUAUACUAAUUUCCAAAUAAAGAGGCUUUAACACCUUG